AUGGUAAGUUUGGAAAGAAUCAAAUUUAGAUUAGAGGAAUCUUUAGAGAAACAUAGAGUUAGAUUGUUGAAAACUAGAAAUGGAAAUGUAAGCAAAUGGAAUGAAAUAAAACGUGGAAAAAAUAAUAAAAAUAUAAACAUUAAUGACGAUACAAACUUAAAUAAAAAGAAAAAACAGAUACACAAUGAAAUUAUAUCUAAUCAAAUAGCACAAAAAAAAAAAAUAAUUGAAAAUGGUGAUCCUUUGAAAGGGAAAACUAUAAUAAACAAGUUAUCAAGCAUAAACAAGUUAGCAAACGUAAAGAAGUUAGCAAACGUAAAGAAGUUAGAAAACGUAAAGAAGUUAGAAAACGUAAAGAAGUUAGAAAACAAAUCCAUUUCAAACAAUGGGAAUAUUAAUAUAAAGGGAAAAGGAUCUAUAGGAGGAUAUGAAUUAAAUUCAAAAAAAGAGGAAAGAAAAAAUGAAGUAAUUAUAAAUAAUAAAAGUGAAAAUAUAUUUAGUGAUUAUAUAUUAAAUAAUGAAAAAGAAAAUAAAGAUAUUAAUUUGUAUGGAUGUGAAGAUGCAGAAAAUUUUCGAUAUGUAUCUAAAGAAACUCAAGAUCAUUUAAAUGAUUUAUUUCGUAAUUUUGUUAAUUGCAAAAUUAAUAAUUUAUAUGUAAUAAAUGGUGAAAAAAGUAAAAAUAAAAAAGGUCAAGAAAAUUUUGAUCCUCAAGAUGUCGUUCAAAACAAUUCUAAGCAUGAAGGUUCUGAAAAUAGUGAGUUAGUAGAUUGUGUAGAAAAAAUUAAAGAGGAGGAAAAGUGCAAAGCAUCAAAUUUUAAUUCAAAUGAUAAUUGUUUAGACAAUAUGAAUGAACUUAAUACAGUAAAUCAUAAAAUAGAAUUUGAAAAUUUAGAGAAUGUGAAUAGAUAUAUGAUUAAUAAAAGAACAUAUGGAAGUGAUUUUAUAAAAUUAAUGGAAAUUGAAAAAAAAAUGAAAAAAAAAAUAAAAAGUUUUGAAAAAAAAAGAAAAGAAUCUAGAAAAAUAUCAAGUGAAAAAUGUUCUUUGAUUUUUUCAAAUUGUGUAUCUGUAAAAAGUAUGUCUAUAAAUUCUCAGAAGGGUUUUUCAAAAACCUCAUCUAAUUUUAGUGAAUCAUUAUGUUGCUCUGAUUGUAAUGCUGACCAUGUUUCAAAUUGUGGAAGUUCAAAUUGUGGAGGUUCAAAUUGUGGAAAUUCAAAUUGUGGAAAUUCAAAUUGUGAAGGUUCAAAUAUGGAAAGUUUUUUAGAUCAAGAAGAAUCUUUAGGAUCAAGGAGUAUAGAAUUGUUUACUACCCAAAAAAAUGUUUAUAUUCAUAAUGGCUAUAAAAAAUAUAGUAUGCUAGAUAAACGAAAAAAACAAGCAGAAAAAAUAAAAAAAUUGUAUGGUGAUAAAAUAUUACAAAACAAUGAAGACCCUUACGCCGCUCCAAAAAGAUUAAAAAAUUUACAAACUGAAACUAAAUUGAGAUUGAGACUAAGAAGUGGGGAAAGCAAUCGAAGUGGGCAAACUGUAAGAACUGCGCGAACUGCUAACAGUAGUAACAAUAGUAAUGAAAGUUUUCAGAGAUUGCAUAAAACAAAUUAUUAUGAGCAUGGUAUUGUAAAUGAUUAUAAUAUUUUGAGAUAUCCUUGUGAAAUAUGUAACAAUCAUUUUGAUAAGAGACAAAGUAAGAGGUACUUAUCCAAUGAUAGUGUUCAUAAGGAUGUAUACGAAAAAUUAAGUAAUAAUUAUGAUUGCCUAAAGUGUAAUAAACAUAAACAUGAACAUGAUAAGGGAUUAUUGUUUAGGGGUCAUAAAUAUUAUGACAAAAUAAAUAAUAAUUUAUUGUUUAUAUCAAAAAAAAAUGAGGUUGAAUCCUCUAAUUUAACUUCGUCAGAAUAUAUAGGUUCCCAAAAUUAUAACAAAAACUUUAAAUUAUUAGCUAGUUGUCCACACAAAGAAUCUGAUAAAAUGAAAAAGUACUAUUAUAUUGAAGAGAAUGAUAAUAAUCCAGAUAAAUAUAGUAUAGACAAAGAGAUUCAUGGAAAUAUAGAAUCUGUGAAUCAAAAGAAAUGGAAAAAAGGAUCAGUAGAUAACAUACUCCCCAAUGAUAUAAAAAAAGUUGAUAAUAUCAAUCUUAGUCACAAAAAUGUAAUGAGUAUUUCUACUAAAACAGAGCCAUUAGUCAUGCAUGGAAAAAAAGAGGAAGAAGAAAAGGGUCUCUCGAAAAGUUGUAACUUAAAUAUUAAUAAUUCAGAAAUAUUUUCAGAUAAAAAAAAUGUAAGCAUGAAUGAUAAACAUUCCCAUUCAUAUCCUGACUAUAAAAAAAUAAAAUUUCCAUUUAAACAUCAUAAGAUGAGUGAUAUAAAAACCGAAGAACCACGUUAUAGUAGAGAUAUAUGUAUGUUUGACGAUACAGACAAAGGAAGUAAUAGUAUGAAUAUAUGUACAGAUAAAUAUUCAAAUAAAGAGAAAAAUGAGGAGAAUAUAAGUCCAUGGUUUUACAAUGAUAAUAAUAAAUUAACGCCAAGAAAAAUGCUUAAAGAAUUAUCAGAUAAAAGGAAACAAUUUAAACGAGCUACUAGUAUAGUUAGUGAUAAAAUCAAAGAUAUAAAAAAUUUAUCUCACCAUAUUAAUGAAUGUAAAGAUAUUUUAAAACAAGAACCGAAUUAUUUUGAUAAAAAAAAUUAUAAAGAUUAUGAUAGUUCAUAUUAUAAUGAAAAUAAUACAAGUGAAAAUUUUAUGGAUGGUCUAGAAAAAAAUGAAAAGGACACAAAUUUAGAAAGUAAAAAAAGUUUCAAUCUGUUUGAUGUAGAUAAAGAUAAUAUUUUCUCAGAAGAAAAAGUAGAACAAUCAUGUAAAACAAAAAAUGUAAACAUAAAUAAUGGCAAUAGUAAUGACAAUAAUAAUGACAAUAACAGUAUAGUGGUUGAGAAAAAAACAAGAACUAGCCAUACUAGCAUAAAAAAUGCUGUUUUAAAAAAAAUAUUAAAGAUGAAAAUUGAAGCUAUGAAAAGAGAUUUAAUAAAAAAAGAAUCAAAAAUAUUAAAUAAUGUAGAAGAGAAAUUUGUUGAUUUACAAGAUUGUCCAUUUAAAUCGAGAAGUGUUUCCUUUAGUGCACAUUUAAGUGAAGAUAAUAUAAAGGGUUUAAAAGAUAAGGUAAUAAAUGAAAAGGGGAAAGACGGAAAUAAUAUCAGUAGGGAAUGUCCAAAUUUAAAUAAGCAUGAUAUAUACUUUAAUAAAAAUCAGGGAGAUAGUUUUUGGAAUGAAAGAAAAAGUAGUAGUAUAUAUUCUGAAGGAAUUCCUAUUAAACGGAUAGAUAAUUAUAAAAAGAAUAAUAUUAGUAACUAUAGUAGUAAUAGCGAAGAAAGAAUAAUUUCUAGUGAUACUUUAGGUACCGAGAUAAAUAGUAAUAAAAUUGAUGUAGUAUAUUUUAAUGAAUCUUUUUAUUGUCAUUUAAAAAAUGUUAAUAACAAUGAUGCAUAUCCCAAUUCAGAGGAACCAAUAAGUAAAGAAGAUAAAAGUUUACUCAUGACAGCAUAUUUAAAGGAUAAAAAAAAAAAAGACAAUGAAAAAUGUUCCUUAAAAUAUAAUAUUGAAUAUUUUAAACUAGCUAAAUUAUUUUGUGAAGAUAAUAAUUUAUUUAAAAAUUAUGUACAAAAUAUGAGUGCUAAUAUAAGAGGAAAUAACAGCAAUAUGGAUCAAACUGUUUUAUCCAUUGUAAAGAAAUUCCAAUACAACAAAUACCCAAUCAAUGCACACAUUGAGCAGGGUGUAAAUUUAAAGGGACUGAUAAAAAGAAGUGGCACCAAAUAUUGUUACACACAAGAAAAGAGAGAAAAAAAUUAUUUAGCAAAUAGUAUAAAAAAUGACCAUUUAAAUGGUAGCUACACUAAUGACUAUUUGAACAGCAAAAAAUAUAUUAACAAUUUUAAUAAGAAGGAAACAACACCUAAAGGUAAUAAUGUGCAACCUUAUUUUAAUGGUGACAAUGGAAAUAUAAUUAAUAAUCAAACAAAUGCCAAAAUUCCCAAUAAUACUAUUAAUAACAAUAUAAUAAAAAGAGAAAAUGAAUUUUAUAAAUUUACAGCACCCGAAAUAAUUUAUGAAGAGAAAAAUUUGAAUAAACCUUCUAAAGUUUAUUUAACAAAAAAAUCGAGGGUUGCCUUAAAAAAAAAUACACUUUUAAGAACGUCCGCGCUUGUAAAUAGGUAUGAAAAAUUGAAGUGCAAAUGA